GGACGCCUCCGACGUCCCCGACGCCGCCCCUCGCCUUUCUCCCCCUGGCAGGGCCGCCUUUCCCCGUCUCAGCCCCUCAGAGUCUCCAAGCCGUGUGGCCGUCCUCCUGGCAGCCACCCACCGCGCGCCGCACGUCUGUCAGCCGGAGUCGGUGCAAAGCACCGGGCGUCGCGGCGUUCGCACACCGCCCGGGGCGGCCACGGCGCCCCGGCUCCCCUCGCUCCUCCCCUCCUGCCCCACCCUGCAUCCCUCUCGCGACCGGCUCCGGGCUCCUCAGCCUUGAGAUUGGCAUUGCGUUCCGUUCUGUCCCCGGGUCCACAGCUGGAUCCCUUACAUUCGCCUACCCGCGCCGAGCACUGGCUUGGGCACCCCGUAGGAGUUCACCUGCAGGUUUCCCUAGAUGACAGAUAAACAUUCAUCCCGUCUGAAGAGCACCUGUGGAAACCUUGACCAUGGCAUCGGUUUCAGAGCCUGUAACAUUCCGAGAAUUCUGCCCUUUGUACUAUCUCCUCAAUGCCAUUCCCACAAAGAUCCAGAGAGGCUUUCGCUCUAUCGUGGUCUACCUCACAGCCCUGGAUACCAACGGCGACUACAUCGCGGUGGGCAGCAGCAUCGGCAUGCUCUACCUGUACUGCCGGCACCUCAACCAGAUGAAGAAGUACAACUUUGAAGGGAAGACCGAGUCGGUCACUGUGGUGAAGCUGCUGAGCUGCUUUGAUGACCUUGUCGCAGCAGGCACUGCCUCCGGGAGGGUUGCGGUUUUCCAGCUUGUGUCUUCAUUGCCAGGGCGGAACAAGCAGCUUCGGAGGUUCGAUGUUACCGGUGUUCACAAAACCAGCAUUACAGCUCUGGCAUGGAGCCCCAAUGGAAUGAAGCUGUUCUCUGGAGAUGACAGAGGGAAGAUAGUCUACUCCUCUCUAGAUCUAGACCAGGGUAUCUGCAACUCACAGCUUGUGUUAGAAGAGCCAUCCUCCAUUGUGCAGCUGGACUACAGCCAGAAAGUGCUGCUCGUGUCCACCUUGCAGAGAAGCCUGCUCUUUUACACAGAGGAGAAGGCUGUCAAGCAGAUUGGAUCCCAGCCCAGGAAAAGUACUGGGAAAUUUGGUGCUUGUUUUAUACCAGGACUGUGUAAGCAAAGCGAUCUAACCCUGUAUGCAGCUCGGCCUGGGCUCCGGCUGUGGAAGGCUGAUGUCCAUGGGGCCGUUCAAGCCACAUUCAUCCUCAAGGAUGUCUUUGCUGGAGGAGUCACACCUUUUGAGCUCUACCCUCGUCUGGAGCCCUCUGACGGGGGAAGCUGCAGCUCACCUGAGAAACACCUCGGGCUCGUUUCCUGCUUCUUCCGAGAAGGCUGGGUGUUGAGCUGGAAUGAGUAUAGUAUCUAUCUUCUGGACACCGUCAAUCAGGCCACAGUUGCUGGUUUGGAAGGACUGGGUGAUAUUGUGUCUGUUUCCUGCACAGAAAAUGAAAUAUUUUUCCUAAAGGGAGAUAGGAACAUUAUAAGGAUUUCAAGCAGACCUGAAGGACUCGCAUCCAUAGUGAGAGACGGCCCAGAGAUGUCAAGGUGCUCUGAGCAGGUCCGUGGACAGCAUCUGGAGAAGUCACUGGGGACCACUGUUUGCGAGACAAGGCUUCGAGGCUCUUCUGUGGCCAGUUCCGUGGCCAGUGAGCAACGGAGCAGGAGCAGCUCCCUCAACUCCACAGACAGUAGCUCUGGGCUGCUGCUGCCUGGAUUGCAGGCUGCCCCCGAGCUGGGCCAGAGUGCUCAGCCAUCCUCACAGAGAUUCAGUGUCAUCAGCUCUGAAGACUUUGACCAGGAGCUUAUUGUAAAACCUAUCAAAGUGAAGAAGAGGAGGAGGAAGAGAAAGACAGAAGGUGGAAGCAAGAGUACCUGCCACAGUUCCCUCGAGUCAACCCCCUGCUCCGAGCUCCCUGCUGACAGCCCCCAGUCCUUGAACACAGACCUUUUGUCCAUGACCUCAAGUGUUCUGGACAGUAGUGUGGAUCAGUUGAGCACAGAGUCUCCAGACCAGGAGAGCAACCCCAGUGGUGAGAUGAAUGGGAUCUUACAGGAGAACAACAGCCCCGAAGCAUUCCAUGUCCUGGACGUGCCUGGCCCUGCCCCUGACCCAGCAGAUGAAGAAAAUCACACACUGGAAGCUUCCCAGUGUGACCACACACAGGACACAGACCUGUUCAGUGGAGUGUUGACUUUACCCUUGCAGCCAGAGGAGGAUGUGGGAGGUGCUGACAUCAUCUCAGGCUGUGAAGAGGAGCCUGGUCCCGCUGCAUCAGUAGCAGGAUAUACAGAGUUGUGCCUGCGGGGACAGAAUAACUCUACUGAGGAGCCGGAGGUGGAUGCCUCGGAGUCCAAUGGCCCCCAGAGCACUUUUUCUGAAGCCCCUCUUCCGGACUCCAGUGUGCUGCCUUCCAGCCUCAGCUGGCCCCCAGGUGCUGAGCAGUGGCUGCCUGGGAUUGGAGUCUGUGAGGUCAGCCCUGGGGAGGCCAGCCCAGAAGCAGACAUCCUGACCCAGGCGGAGGGCCCUAGCCACCUGAACUCAAAUCCUUGGCAUUUACCAACUGAUCGUAACACAGGUCAGAAGGAAACACCCACUUUUGAAUGUGACAUGGGAACUGUGGAGGGACAGGUGACUCCUCUUGCCUCUGCCUCGGUGGCCAGCACCCAUGCACACUGGCUGGACCAACCUUUUCAGGAUCAGGCAGUGACAUCCAGUGAUGAAGAAGACAUUUAUGCCCAUGGACUUCCAUCUUCAUCCUCAGAGACAAGUGUCACAGAGCUUGGAGCUGGCCGCUCUCUGCAGGACCUGAGCCAACCGGGUGCUGAGGAAACCACUCUGCUCAAAGCAGAUCAGUUUGCAGAGAGCUGGAUGGGCUACUCGGGUCCUGGCUAUGGCAUCCUCAGCUUGGCGGUCUCGGAAAAGUUUAUCUGGUGCCUGGACUACAAAGGUGGCCUGUUCUGCAGUGCCCUGCCUGGUGCAGGGCUGCGCUGGCAGAGGUUUGAAGAUGCUGUCCAGCAGAUGGCAGUCUCUCCCUCAGGGGCUCUUCUCUGGAAGAUUGAACAGAAAUCUAACCGUGCUUUUGCUUGUGGCAAAGUCACUAUCAAGGGGAAGCGGCACUGGUACGAGGCUCUGCCCCAGGCUGUGUUUGUGGCUCUGAGUGAUGACACAGCCUGGAUCAUCAGGACCAAUGGAGAUCUUUAUCUUCAGACAGGUCUCAGCGUGGAUCGGCCCUGCGCCCGAGCCGUGAAGGUGGAUUGUCCGUACCCACUGUCCCAGAUCACAGCCCGGAAUAGUGUGGUGUGGGCACUGACAGAGCAGAGGGCCCUUCUGUACCGGGAGGGCGUGAGCAGCUUCUGUCCUGAAGGGGAACAGUGGAAGUGUGAUAUUGUCAGUGAAAGGCAAACUCUGGAGCCUGUCUGCAUAACUCUUGGAGAUCAACACACACUCUGGGCCCUGGACAUUCAUGGGAAGCUUUGGUUCAGAACUGGUGUGAUUCCCAAGAAGCCCCAAGGAGAUGAUGAUCAUUGGUGGCAGGUGAGCAUCACGGACUAUGUGGUGUUUGACCAGUGCAGCCUGUUCCAGACCAUCAUGCAUGCCACACACACAGUAGCGACAGCAGCCCAAGCCCCUGUGGAAAAGGUCGCAGAUAAGCUGCGCAUGGCGUUUUGGUCUCAGCAGCUUCAGUGCCAGCCCAGCCUACUAGGGGUUAACAAGAGUGGUGUGUGGAUCUCCUCAGGGAAGAAUGAAUUCCAUGUUGCUAAAGGAAGUCUCAUAGGAACUUACUGGAAUAACGUUGUUCCCCGGGGAACAGCUUCUGCCACAAAAUGGGCCUUUGUGUUGGCUUCUCCUGCUCCCACCCAGGACGGAAGCUCCUUAUGGCUGUGCCAGAGCAGCAAGGACCUGUGUAUCAUCAGUGCCCAGAGUGUACAGUGCCGCCCCUCCACAGUGCAGUUGCCCCCCGAUGCAGAGAUGACAACUUACGCUGCCUGCCAGGAUGCACUGUGGGCCUUGGACAGCCUUGGACAGGUGUUCAUCAGGACACUUUCAAAGAGCUGCCCCACAGGCAUGCACUGGACUAAACUGGACCUUUCCCAACUAGGAACUGUGAGACUGACCAGCUUGGCAUGUGGAAAUCAGCAUAUCUGGGCCUGUGACUCCAGGGGUGGGGUUUACUUCCGUGUUGGAACCCAGCCUCUGAAUCCCAGCCUGAUGCUUCCAGCCUGGAUCAUGAUUGAGCCUCCUGUCCAGCUUGCUGGGAUCACUUUGGUCAGCGUCCAUUCUAGCCCCAAUGAUCAGAUGUUGUGGGCCCUGGACAGCAGAUGGAACGUGCAUGUGCGAACUGGAAUCACAGAGGAGAUGCCCGUGGGGACAGACUGGGAGCACGUGCCAGGACUGCAGGCCUGCCAGUUGGCACUGAGCACCAGGACCGUGUGGGCCCGCUGCCCAAAUGGUGACCUUGCCCGUCGUUAUGGCGUCACAGACAAGAACCCUGCUGGGGACUACUGGAAGAAAGUUCCAGGAAGUGUGUCCUGUUUCACAGUGACCUCAUCAGACGAGCUAUGGGCAGUGGGCCCCUCUGGCUGUCUCCUUCAGCGACUGACAAAGACGUUCAGCCAUUCACACAACACCCAGAACAGCCAGGCAGCCACCGCCCAUCCUGAGGAGCUGGAGGACGAGUGGGAAGUGAUCUGAAGGAACCCAGGCAGCCAGUGGAGGAGGAAGCUGGUCUGGGAUGGAGGCCGCUAGCUCCCGGUGGCUCAUGGACGUGCCUCAUCCACCGGGCCGGACAGCCCACACUUGCUUUCAUCUGUCUUUGUUUUGGUCUCAUUACAGAACUCACAGCCUUAGCCACUGUUGCUAUAGGGGCGGCACCUUUGAAAUCCUGCCAAGGUCACCUCCAAGUGGGAACAGUGGCUGCUGCUCAGUUGCAUGCACUAGUUACCUGUGCAGCACAGUGAAUUCUUAUCAGCAACUGCGGGUCCUGGUGUGGGAGCCGAGAGGGCACGGCGAGAGGCAGGUGACUCAAAGACAGGAAGAGUUGGGCACAUGUCCAUACCAGAUCCCCAGACCAAAUGGCCUACAGGUCGGCGCUUACAGCCAAAGGGUGUUUGGUGACGGUGUUGACUUUAUCACAGGGAUCCCACACUUCUCUCUUAGAGAUACAGGCCGCAGUGCACAUCCCACAGUGGACAUCCCAGGGGGGGAAGUACCCAUGCAGGAUGGGUGUGGGCUGUGCUUGGUAAACAUACACACACCCUAGCCUCAUCUUGUCGCCCGCACUCAGGGUAGCUACCCACCUCAAUCAACACAACAGCCAAUGGGUGCAGACAGCACAGGUGCCCACAUGGUCCAUGUAGUCUGGUACAGGGGUGCUGAGCUCAUCUAGAGACAUUUUUGGAAUGACAUUUGACUAGUAUACUGGUAGGCAUCCUAAAGCCAGACUCUUCCUCAAAAGAUGAAUCUAGUAAUUGCCUUUUUGUUUGUUAUGUUUCAAACCUGAAUCAGAUACCUCACUUAAAAUCAAAUCUCACAAAUUUAGAAGAUAAACGUAUCUUCUGAAAACAGUGAAGGCCUUUUGUUCCUUCAUGAGGUUAAUCCUGAGCCCACCUUGUCUUAGCUGUAGCUUUGCAGGGGUGUCCAUCCCCUAUCAUGUCCAACCCAGGAGUGUCUGCAGAGGGUACAGCACUGACUCCCCAGUAGCUGGUGGAGUACAGUGCCUCUGCUCACAGUGUCCCAUCACAGUGCUUGGGACAGAGCACCUGAACUUCAAGGGCAGGCUGCCCACCAGGUCCCUGUCACUGCUCCAGACUGGCUGCUUGUUUUAGUCCACCUGGUCUAGGCAGGUACUUGAUGUCUGUUUCUACUAAGCAUGUGUCAGGGCCCCGGCAGUAAUGAUAGAGGCUUCAGGUCUCAGCAGUGAUGCGCGCUGGGAGCCUUCACUGUACUUCAUUUUAUAGACUCCUCUUUAAGAGUUCAGUGAUGGCAGAGGCAGCCCGGAGUGGGCUGAUCCUCUUCUGUGAAUGGUGUGCCUUGCCUGGCUCCUCACAGUGGCAGCACUCCCCUAAGCCCAUGGGACGACAGUGCAAUUAAACCCAAGUUAAGUGGACACUUUUAGACUAGGUUUAACUUCAGUGAUUUUGGUGAUUUUCUUUUUAGUUUUAAAUUUUAGUUGUGCUUUGAGAUCAUGCAAACUCUUCCUUUUCUCAGCUGUUGUGUCUGCUGGCUGAGCUGGGAGGCCUGCAGGAAGCCCGGCAGCCCAGCCACACUGCAGCAGAGUGCCACGGCCUGGCGCUUUGAAGCAGCUGGCACAGAUGGUACAGUGGACCGUGGCAUUCCACAGCAACACACACCCUCUGGCAGUCCUAGAGGCAAUGCUCCAAAGAAGGCAGAGUGAAGGGCAGUCUCAAGACAUUAGUCUUUUGUUGUUUUGAGUCAGUCUUCUGUAGCCCAGGUUGGCCGCCAGUUCACCAUGUAGCUAGCCACGGAUGGCCUUUGCUGAUGUUUCUAGGAUUGUAGGUGUGCACUACCAUGUCCUGCUACAGACGUCAGAGUCUAUACAACGAAGCCUGUGAGUACAGCUCUGUCAGACCCACCAGGAUGCUUCUCUUGGAGAAGCCCGUGAGUACAGCUCUUUCAGAACCCACUAGGAUGCUUCUCUUGGAGACGGGGAUUCCUAAAAUCAUGACAGUACCCACAGACAUCCCACAUUACUGCUCAGGUCUCCCAGCUUCAUGUCCCUUCUCUAGAGCCCAGGAAGGAGAAUAUGGUUAGUCUGUGAGCCACAGAGAGGUUGGGUACCUUAUUUGCAGUCACACAGUGAACAUGCACCUGGACACAGUUUGGCAAAUCUGCUAACCUGUGCUGAUGCCACAAACUCCUGGAGUUGCCCCAGCAAGGGCCAGCAUGCCUGGUACAGCCCAGACCGUGGCAGGGCCUUUACCCCAAGCAUCCAGGCAGCACCCUAUAGUCAGCACCACAGCAUUCCAUAAGCAUCGCAGGGGAGGGAGCCACUGCGCCCCACUGUGCCCACUGUUUCCACUUAGCCCAGAAAGCCUGCCUUUGCUUUCUAUACUCAAGAUGAUGAGAUAGCCACAGAAAACCCAUAUGGAGAUCUUACAUAUUCAAAAUGUAGAGCUUGUAAGUUAGAACUCCUGUGUGGGGCUAGGAUGUGACUUAGUGAUGGAAGACAGAUCAAAAUCCCUACCUACAUGGACUCCAAGUAUGCCUGCAGUCCCAGCACUCUGGAAGUUGAGGCAGCAUUGUCACAAGUUCCAGACCAGCCUGGACUGCAAAGAUCCUGUCUCAAAAAAACCUGAAUUUAAGAGUAAACAACCAGAGAGAGAGUCAUGAUUGCCACAACGUUGGGAUCCGUGUUGAACUAGUAGGAACAAACGCAACACAAAGAUAGACAAAGGAGGCGAGGGGGCAACUCACAGAUUAACCUCCAGCAGGGAAACCCCACAGGCACAGCCUCUGAGAACGCCUCUGAUGGGUCCUCAGUCCAAAACCCCAACACUAAAAAUGCCAUAUCUGAAGCUUAGACAGGACCAAAACCAGAGCUGUGCAUCCAGCACAGUGAUCCAGGCCUUGCCUAGCAGUCAGUCAGUCCCUGGCUUCAGUCCCCAGAAUGGCAACAAGUAAAACCAGAGGGAGGGCACCACUGUCUGUGAGUGUGAACACAUGCCUGUAAUGCCACAGGAUGUGUGUCAGUCAGCGGAGCACACUGUGGGCUCCCACAGGCAGUCUUCAGGUGGUAUGGAGUUCCUAUGGCCUGUCAGUACGGUACGGUUUACAGAUAAGAGAACACUGCAUGGUGGGGCGCUGUGUGUGCCACUCUAGGAGGGGCAGAGACAGGUUCUCACUUGGGACAAACAGCUGGCCAGUGAUUGUUUCCAAGCCUGCGUCUUUUUUAAUCCUUUGAAUGUUGAGCCAUGUAAAUGUAUUAUUUAUUUGAAAACUAAAUAAAAUUUACAUGUAGAAACUCA